AUGCGGCCAAACGCCGCCGGUAACGGCAACGAUGACCGAUGGGGAACUGCCGGGCCGGCGAUUCGCAAGAAAGGAACGAGUGUUCGUGCAUGGCUGGUUGUCGACGUUACCGGAGACGCACAAGUGGUUGAGGCCGGAAAACACGCCAUCAUGAGACGAACUGGGCUCCCCGCGCGUGACCUUCGAAUCCUCGAUCCCCUCCUUUCCUAUCCGUCCACCGUUCUCGGACGAGAGAGAGCAAUCGUCAUCAAUUUGGAACACAUCAAAGCGAUUAUCACCGCAAACGAAGUUCUUCUUCUCAAUUCAAGAGAUCCUUCCGUUACUCCUUUCGUUCAGGAGCUUCAAGCGAGGAUCCUCCGUCAUCACGACGCGACCACUAAUCCUCAAGAGGAUUCUCACGGCGGCGGAAUUAAGAUUCUUCCGUUCGAAUUUGUUGCGCUUGAGGCGUGUCUUGAAGCGGCUUGUAGCGUUUUGGAGAAUGAAGCGAAGACCUUGGAGCAAGAGGCGCAUCCUGCUCUUGAUAAAUUGACGUCGUAG